AUGUGUCGUCGUGGUGUAACGGACAUAUUUUCGACGAUAACAGUCGAUAACAAAGCUCUCAAAGAAGCAUUUGCUUCAUUUGGAGAUGUAAGUGAUGCCAAGGUCAUUCGUGAUGUGACUACGCUCAAGUCCAAGGGAUACGGUUUUGUUUCAUAUCCAAAGCGAGAGGAAGCAGAACGUGCCAUCGAGCAAAUGAAUGGACAAUGGUUUGGUCGCCGCACAAUUCGUACAAACUGGGCUACUCGUAAGCCUGGACAGGGAGGCGGUGAUCAGCCAGCUUCGAAUGAGAAAACCUAUGAGGACAUUUUUAACAUGACGACACCUGACAAUACAUCGGUUUACGUGGGAAAUGUCGCAGGAGGUGUUUGUGAGGAAGACAUUCGUGAAGCUUUUGGGCAGUUCGGCAGGAUACUCGAAGUUCGUAUUUUCAAAGUUCAAGGAUAUGCCUUUGUGAAAUUUGACUCGAAAGACUGCGCUUGUCGCGCAAUUCUCAGAAUGAAUGGUGGUGACCUUGGAGGAAAUACCAUUCGGUGUUCAUGGGGAAAGACCAGCGAUUCUGAUAAACGCAAUCAGGGCUACAGUAACUAUGGACAAGGUGCUUAUGGAUAUGGUGGACAAGCUACUGGUAGCAGCUACGGACCACCUGCUCCUGCCACUGGAGGACCUGGUGGAGCUGCGGCUGCUGCCGCGGCUCAGGCACAGCAACAAUACUACAAUUACUACGCUCAAUAUUACAGUAAUCCACAGGUCAUGCAGCAAUGA